CCCAGCUUUUGGACCUCGUGGGCUAUAUAGAAAACAAGUAACCAAAGAGAGACGAAGCAAAAACAUUCAGAGAGAAAAUUCAGCAUUUUUGAUAGCUCAAGCACUUGAUUCUUUCCAAAGGGGUUUCCUGAGAUCACAAAGGCCAAGUAACAAUGGCGAAAGGAGUUGCAGUUUUGAACAGCAGUGAGGGUGUUACGGGGACUAUCUUUUUCACCCAGGAAGGCGAUGGUGUGACCACUGUGAGUGGAACAGUUUCUGGCCUUAAGCCUGGUCUUCAUGGUUUCCAUGUCCAUGCUCUUGGUGACACCACUAACGGUUGCAUGUCUACUGGUCCACAUUUCAACCCCGAUGGUAAAACACACGGUGCCCCUGAGGAUGCUAAUCGACAUGCUGGUGAUCUAGGAAACAUCACUGUUGGAGAUGAUGGAACUGCCACCUUCACAAUCACUGAUUGCCAGAUUCCUCUUACUGGACCAAACUCUAUUGUUGGUAGGGCUGUUGUUGUCCAUGCAGACCCUGAUGACCUCGGAAAGGGAGGCCAUGAACUCAGCCUGGCUACUGGAAACGCAGGCGGCCGUGUUGCUUGCGGCAUCAUUGGUCUCCAGGGCUAAAGCUGCUACGUUUCCAAAGAAGAGAUUGAUGUAAUAAGGAGGUCCAACCUUAGACCUGGGUUUGGUAGUUGUGUGUAUCUUCUGGUGUGUGGCUAAAAACCUAUGAGCUUAGUGUGGCUCAAAGCAUUUUUAAUUCAGACAGAAAACAGAGAAAAUUCCGUACUUUUAUUAUUUCAUGAAUAAAAAAGAGUUGAUUUACUGUUAUAAGUUCUUAAAGGUAACAAGAGUCCUGGAUAUGGUACUUCAAUAUGCGAAUGUUUUU